UACUCAUGAUCCUCUAAUUAAGCAACCAUCCAUACAACCUUUUCCAGGAGGAGCCGGACAACAAACGAAUAUACACUUUUAGUUUCAUCAAAGACGAAGCUGCACUAGAAAUGGAGUUGGAUCUUGAUCUCUCUCUUUCACCUCAUACUAAUUCUUCAAACUUCGGGUUUUGCUUUGACCUCAACAAGCAUUGCGCGACUGAGGGCGUUGUGUCAUGUUUGAAUACGAAACAAACGCGUUUUGAUUCGAUGUUUUGGUUGGAGAAUAUGGAAGAAGAUUGUUAUGUGCCAAAACCAUGUUCGUUUUCUUUGAAUGGCCAGCCAGACGAGGAGGAUGAAGGUCCUUUGGAAUCUGACUCUACGAUCGUUGACGAUGAGGAGGAAGAUGGCGAAGUCGUGGGGUGGCCACCAAUAAAGUCAUGUAUGACAAAGUAUCAUAAUUACCGUCGUAGUCGUAAUCACCCAUAUCACCAUCAUGGUAGGAGGAUCAGCAUACCUAAUCCAACGGCUACAAUUAUUGGACUUAGACCGUCAUCGUCAUCAACAUCAUCACCCAGAUCAUCAAUGUAUGUUAAGGUGAAGAUGGAUGGUGUGGCAAUAGCUAGAAAAGUGGACAUCAAGCUUUUCAACUCUUACGAGUCUCUCACUAAGUCCUUGAUCACCAUGUUUACUCAAUACCAAGAUUGUGAUAGAGAAGAUACAAGUUACAAAUUCACCUUCCAGGGGAAAGAGGGCGACUGGCUAUUACCAGGGGAUGUUCCAUGGAAUGGCUCAGGAGCAGCAGUUGUGGCAGCAAUAUCAGCAAGAAGGGAUGAGAGGCCAAGCUAGUUUGGCUAUGAUGGUCUGGCCCCAACUGCAAUGCCUUAUGGAAUCCCACCGGUUAACGGGAUGGGACUUCCACCGAUGGGGUAUUAUUACAACAACCCGUAUUGAUUUCAUUUUUGUUCUUUUCUUACAUAAUUAUAUUUCGACCAGUAUAGAUGAUACCUCAUACUUCUUGUGUUAUAAUCCGGUUUGUUCUUGUAUUCUUUCUGGUCUUGGCUCUGCUUGAACCUGUGAAACUUUUACUCUCUCGAGUUUGGAUCAAUAAAGUCAUUUAAACCCCU